UUGGCAAAGUCCAUCUUUCGUUGUGCAGAGAAGAGCUUGUCACAUUGCAGGCAGCAGAGAGAAGGCCGAAUACAGCAUCUGCAUCAUGGCGUCCACUGAAGAAUUUAAUCCAGACCCCAGCCUUCCAAAGCAACUUAUUUACCUCCUGAUGAACAAUUACAGCAUACCAAAGUCCUGCUUUGACAUCCCACCAAGAGCAUCACAGCUACCUUACAUGCUGGACACAGUGCAGCAGUGCAUUAUGGGGAUUCUCACCACCCUUACCAUACUCUCAGUUAUCCUCUAUCUGGAAGAUGCUGUUUAUAUUAUAAAGAAAGUGAGAUGUCCAGUGAAGAAGAACACGAUUCUAUGGAAAAGUGCUGCUCCAACGGUCGUCUCCAUAUUCACUUGUUUGAAUCUGUGGAUUCCUCGUUCAACCAUCUUUGUAGAAAUUGGUAUUGGCACGUAUUUUGCCGUCUGUUUCUACCUUAUCUUGAUGGUACUCAUUGAAGGUUUUGGGGGAAAAGAUGCUCUUGUGAAGAAACUGGAGAGCUCAGAUGUACCCAUCAACACUGGGCCAUGUUGCUGCUGCUGUCCAUGUCUCCCCCCUGUCAAACUGACAAAGAGGAAGGUGAACAUUUUCAUUCUGGGUGUUUUCCAGAUGGCAUUUCUGAAACCAGUCUUUAAUUUCAUUGGCUUGAUUCUCUGGUCUGAUGGAAUAUACAAUACAGAUGAUAUGUCAGGCGGCAGCAUUGCACUUUGGAUGAAUGUGACUAUUGGGUUUUGUACUAUUAUAGCCCUGUGGCCCAUUGGAAUACUUUUCCGUCAGGCCAAAGUUCACUUGACUGAUAAGAACAUGGGAACCAAGUUUGCAAUAUUUCAGUUACUUCUCAUCCUGACUAAUGUACAAGCCUCCAUCUUCAACAUCUUGGCAAGCACUGGCGUGCUUCCCUGUGUCCCUCCAUACGCAUAUAAAUCCAGGGCUCACUUGAUGAACAACCAUCUGCUAAUCAUAGAGACAUUUCUACUGUCUAUUUUGGCCCGAAUUGCUUACAGGAAGAGGGAUGAUGAAGCAGGAUACACAUUUAAGCCACUGGCUGUGUGAUGAAGUGUUAUGGUGGGUUGUAAUUUACUGUACACAGUUUACCUGACAUGGACAAUAACAGAGACUUCAGUUUACAAAAAUGUCCUGAAAACAGUUCAAAGCCAAACUUUCUAUUAAUUAUUUAUGAAUCCAUCCAGUAACUUCCAUAUGUCAAAUGCAUGACUGUGUGUCUCAGACAUUACAGAUUAAACCACAAGAGUGAACUGACCAAAUCCCCAUUAUGCACACUGUUAGUGCAGCUGCCCUAAAGUACAUUAUAUAUUGAGGUAUUUUGUUGGUAGUGCAACAAACAACAUAUUAUCAGUAAAAGUGCACCAGCUGUAGCUACAAUUCAGUGUUACCCAUGCAACGUCUGUCCAUUAAGUGAAUAUAUACACAUUUUUUAUUUAGAAAAUUUACUGUAUUUUUUUACACUAAGCUACACUAUUGCAACAAUAAAAAGUUGCUUGUUUUCCAAACUAAUUAUAUUCAGUAUGUACACAGUGUGUGUAAGAUAUUUUACUAAAUAUAUAUAUAUAUAUAUAUAUAUAUAUAUAUAUAUAUAUAAAUUAGCAAAUGUUGGUACUCCCAAGUUUAUCUGGUGCUGGAGUCACUGUUUGCCCUAUUGUUUACUAUUCAUUAUGGCUACUUUGUUUCACCUAUGAUACUGAUACUAUGUUACUACGUAUUUGUUACAACGUAUGGUGUUUUCAUAUUGAAUUGAAGUUACUGUGCACAGUCUGUCUCCAGAUGAGCCUACAUUUAAUCUCAUGCACAUUUUAUUUCAACAUUUUUUUGUUCUUAGUUGCAUUCUUGGUUUUAUGAGGUUUUGCUGUUUAACUAUUAUAUCACUUUCUUAUCUAAGGGCACUUUUAUAGUCUGUUCACUUGAUGGGCUAGAUUUACUAAGGGGUUGGCACAUGCAAACCACCAUUUCUCAGCAUGUCUGACCUCGAAAUUUAAAGCAGCACUUAUGAAGUGCAAAGUGGAACGUGUUUGUCAUUAAUAUUAGUGCCACUUUAAAUUUCGUAAAUACAGCCCAUUAUCCUUUAAGGCACACUCUUUUGUUAAUUAUAUAAUUCUGUAUAUGAUCAUUGACGGCAAACCUUUCAUUUUAAAUUAAACUGUUCAUUUUAUUAUUCAUCUGUGUUACUGCCAAAAAUAAACACUUUUAACCUUCA